AUGCGUUACUCGUUCACCAUCACCGCCCUAAGCCUCAUCUCAUCGGCUUUUGCAAUCACCGUCACCACUCCGUCGUCAGACACGGAGUGGGAUUUUUCCACUGCCAAAACUAUCAAAUUCACUAGCGAUUCUGGUGAUCCUGCAGUAAUCAGCAUCAUCCUUCGAAGUCAGGAUGGCUCUUUCCAGACCAAAUUGGCGGAUAACGUCAAGACCUCUGACGGCGAAUAUACGACCCAGCCUAACCCUAGCAUUUCCAACGGAGAUGACUACCAGAUCCAGAUAAUUGAUUCUGCUGGCCAGCUUGCCGUCAGUGAUAUUUUUACUGUCGAGAAGGGCGCUUCGGAUGAUGGUAUCACAUCCUUCUCUUCCACAUCCUUCUCUUCCUCAACCUCCUCUUCUUCAACCUCCUCCUCUUCAUCUUCAACCUCCUCCUCUUCCUCUUCGUCCUCCUCCUCCACUUCUUCUUCCACGACAUCCAGUGCGACCACUUCUACAUCGGUCACCUCCACCCUUACAUCCCCGGAAUCUUCAACGCCCACGUCGUCGACUAGUCCUUUGUCUUCCUCAGGCAUGAUGCAACUCCGCACAAUGUUACAAGGUUAUUAUACUAAUACGCAUUUUUUCAUCACAGGCUCCACCACCACCACCUCCUCCUCCGCCUCCUCCUCCUCUUCUACCUCUUCCGACAAUUCACCCACCAGUGCCUCUGCCUCCCCUCUAUCCUCGACUGGUGCUGCUUCGUCUCAGUUGAGCGCUCCCAAGGGAGUCAUGGCUCUACUCGGUGCUGCUUUCGCGCUCUUCUACGUCUAG